CACGUGGUGCUGUUAUACAGCGCCGGACGUGACGUUAGGUUGAGAAAGAUGGUGGAUCCGGAGGAGGAUCUGAUGCUCUUCAGUGUCAGCGAUUUGCCGGUGCGCGGCUACGGCCUGAUGGAGGAGAUCCGGCGGCAGGGCAAACUGUGCGACGUGACCCUGCGGGUUGGUGAUCACAAGUACAGUGCCCAUCGCAUUGUGCUGGCUGCAUCCAUCCCCUACUUCCAUGCCAUGUUCACUAACGAUAUGAUCGAAUGCAAGCAGGACGAGAUCGUCAUGCAGGGAAUGGACCCUAGUGCCCUGGAAGCACUUAUUAACUUUGCCUACAAUGGUCGACUGGCAAUAGACCAACAGAAUGUGCAGUCAUUGUUGAUAGGUGCCAGUUUCCUGCAACUACAGAAUGUAAAGGAUGCGUGCUGUACCUUCCUCAGAGAGAGGCUGCAUCCUAAAAACUGCUUGGGGGUGCGUCAGUUUGCAGAGACGAUGAUGUGCACUGUCCUUUAUGACUCGGCCAACAGUUUCAUCCAUCAGCACUUUGUGGAGGUGUCCAUGUCUGAGGAGUUCUUGGCGUUAUCCUUUGAGGAAGUUUUGGAACUUGUUGCUCGAGAUGAGCUCAAUGUGAAAUCUGAAGAACAGGUGUUCGAGGCAGUCCUUGCUUGGGUACGAUUUAAUCGUGAAAAUCGAGAAAACUAUCUGCCUCAGCUGCUAACCAAAGUACGCCUCCCUCUUUGCCGACCACAGUUCCUAACUGACAGAGUCCAACAAGACGACUUAGUUCGGUGCUGUCACAAGUGCAGGGACCUUGUUGAUGAGGCAAAGGACUAUCAUCUGAUGCCAGAGCGCCGACCACACCUGCCGUCCUUCAAAACACGGCCAAGAUGCUGCACUUCCAUUGCUGGCUUGAUCUAUGCUGUGGGAGGUCUCAAUUCUGCUGGUGACUCUUUGAAUGUGGCAGAAGUGUUUGACCCCAUUGCCAAUCGAUGGGAACGGUGUCAGGAGAUGAUGACCUCCCGGAGCCGUGUGGGUGUGGCCAUGGUAAACGGGCUCUUGUAUGCAAUAGGUGGGUUUGAUGGGCAGUCGAGGUUGAGCACAGUGGAAGUUUACAAUCCAGAGACGGACACAUGGACCAAAGUGGCCAGCAUGAACAGUAAGCGCAGUGCAAUGGGGACAGCUGUAAUGGAUGGACAUAUCUACGUUUGUGGUGGCUACGAUGGAAUCUCCUCCCUCAAUUCAGUGGAAUGUUAUGCUCCAGAGACUGACAAAUGGGUGACUGUGACUCCAAUGAGUGCCUGUCGUAGUGCAGCAGGAGUCACCGUGUUUGAAGGAAGGAUCUAUGUUUCUGGAGGCCAUGAUGGACUGCAGAUAUUUAAUACGGUUGAAUGUUACAAUCAUCACACCACCACCUGGUACCCUGCACCGAGCAUGCUCAACAAACGCUGUCGCCAUGGGGCAGCUUCCCUGGGCAGCCAGAUGUAUGUCUGUGGCGGUUAUGACGGCUCAGGUUUCCUGAGUAUCGUGGAAGUUUACAACUCUUCUUCAGACCAGUGGUAUCCUCUCGUCCCCAUGAACACUCGUCGUAGCCGAGUGUCCCUUGUGUCAAACUGUGGCCGCUUGUAUGCCAUUGGCGGUUACGAUGGACAAUAUAAUUUGAACUCUAUGGAGAUGUAUGAUGCUGAGAUGAAUCGUUGGACAUUCAUGGCACCCAUGGUGUGCCACGAAGGUGGAGUUGGUGUAGGAUGUAUACCACUUCUCAGCGUGUAGGGCAGUCAACAUUCUCCAUAUCAGGGAGUCUAGUGCUUGGUAGCUGUGUCAAAACAAUGGUACAUUUGUGGGGUGAAAAUUAAACCCCAUUUUUGAUGGCGCAUUGGUGGUGUCCAGUGACUAUUAUUACAAUCUCCCAACAAAGACUGGUAACUUUACUAGUACUUGCUAGUCAUCAGUGUUCAGUCUGCAGAUGUUUUUAAAGGUAUCCAUUUAGUAAAAUAAUAAAUCCCUUAUAAAUUACUCUUAAAAUCCAAAUAUUAACUUAUUAAUAAUUUGUUUCAGUGAUUAUGCAGAUGCAGAGCAUUGUACAAUUAAAUAAGUCCCUCAAACUAGUAUUGUCAUGGAUUAGGUGCUUUCCCUUCAGCAUCAGGAUCUCUGUCGGAAGUACAAAAUUGGCAUUCCAGAGGGAGCUCUUCUGCAGUUUUGUUAGGGGGAUUCCAUUCCUUCCUGGAGUCCUUGGCUGGUGGGCAGCCUACCAUUUCAGAAAGAUUAAUUGUUCGAUGCAUAUACAUUUGUCUUGUUACUGGUACGAGUUGUAAGUAUAAUAGAAUCUUAAGCCCUGUUAAUUUUUGUUAGAAAACUCUAAUUCUUUUUAAAUGUGUUGGUGUCCAAAUGUGGAAGGGUCUGCUUAUACAUUUCUAGGAUGAGAUUUUUAGUGCAGUCUGCUGCUAUCCCUAAACCAGAUAAAAUUUGCACACACUCUGAUAAUUAUUAAUUCAGUUGUCCUGGUUCCCAAACUUUGUCUCACUCCUCUUCACCUAAUUCUACCUUAGUUCAUGUGCUGUUUGCCCUUUUGGAGCUUCUGUCAAAGUUUUCAAUGUUUACAACUAUCAUGAUAAUUAACAUGGGUCUUCACUUUUCUUUCCUUGUUUGUUAGAGUAAUGUCCAGAAUGAAUUGCAGAUUAGAAUUAAUCAGUGGUCAUGCACUUCCUUUGAAGGGUUUGUGUGUAAUUUUAUGUGUGAAUGUUUGAGCCAGAUAAAUGCACAGUGGUGGCAGAGUAUAACACUACAAUACAUGUUUGUUUUAAUGUUUGUAGGUCAGCUGUUGAAUUGUCAUGUGUUCCAUUGUCUGUUCUUGAUGACUGUAAUCACACAGGAAAAGUUUUUUAUUUUCUGUUUGUGAAAUUUAUCCAAGUCUGCUGUAGCCUGUGUGGAUGCAGUUCAAGGAUAGCCAUAACCCAUGAAGAAAAUCAAAGUUAGAGAUCUUCUGCAUCAGAUCUUUCACUGAGAUGUUUGUUAGUGACGUCCAAUUGGAUUUCUAAGUUCUAUCUGGUUGAAAUUGCCUUGUUGGAUUAAGCAAUGAAAUACAAAAGAGCUUGGUUUGCACGAGUUCGAAUGAUGGUGAGGGACACUGGUGAGAUCCUGGUGGAGAGGGAGAUAAUUCCUCUGUUUGCUGAAUUUACAGAAGGUAGCAGCAUUGCAAUAGGUGGAUGGGGGUGAAGCAAUGUUUUCCAGAUGUUGGAAUGGACUUGAUGGGUAAUAUAAACUUUUCCUGCAAUAUUCUCCUAAACUAAAAACCACUGGCUGUGUGAUUUACAGAUUCUGUCUUUGCAAGUAUGAGUGUAUCUGAAGAGGUUGUUUUGAGCAGGAGGAUAAAAUUUAGUUUAAUUUUGCCACUGUGGGAUACUUUUUUCUCCAGGAAGCAUAUUGCAUAAUUAAUUUCUGUCUAAAAUUGCAUUCUGUUCUUAAUAUUGUACUGUUAACUACUAUGUACUAAUGAAAUAUAGCAAUAUUAGGCUGAAAUUUUGGUGAAGGGUUUGGAUAAUUUAUGUGUAGAACAGAUAUUCAAUGGUGAAUUCCACUCUGAAAUCUAAUCAAGGGGUUUGGUUGGUUUAUUUAUUGAAUAUGAUUGAUUGACAGAGUGGUGAGAUUACAAGUUUCAGAUAAUAUUACAGUCUCAAGAUAAUAUUGUUACACCGAAAUUGCUGUCCAGCAUUUUGUAUUGUUUUCUCUUUGCAGAUGUCAGCCCUCACUGUGAUACAGCUCAACAAUAAGUGUCUGUGUUUUGCUGCCACUACGUAGCCAUCCUUAAUGUAUGCCAACAGUAAAUCUCAGCUCAUGAAUAAAAUUGGAAGUGUAUUGUCUUCCUCCUCCCUGCCCAUGCGGGAGUUUUUGGAUAGCUCCUUCCCCUGUCCUUUUUCUGUAGUACUGUGGAUAACUGCAGGGCCUUGUUGAUACCACUGUUGAGUUCAACAGCUGGAAAUAUGGUUAAUCAACAUCUACCACAAGCAGUAGGAUCUCUGAUAAAAUAUGCCAUAGGGGAACGAUGUCUCAUUGACAUACAGUUCAUUUUCUUCAGAUCAAAAAUCCGAGAACAUUACAGCAGAGUAAAUGGCCACUCAGCUCAUCACGAAUGUGCAGGCAUUUAAAAGGAAUAAUCCAUUCACACCCACUUUUUAAAUAUAUUCUCAUAUAAAGUCAGCAUCACAGGUUCUUCUCAUUCACUCUGCAAUUAAUAGAAUGCUUCAGGUUUUUAGUAUCAGACUUGAAGAAAAUGACUGAGAAAGACUUCUACCAAAUGAAUUGCAGCGUGAAAUAACUAAUUAAAGCUUUUAAAAAAAAACUAUUGUUGUCCACUUCAAUUAUCCUCUUGCAUACAUUUCCUAGCCAAAAGGUUAUAAAUCAUUUUGCACUGUUUAAUUGGGACCUAUGCUCUGUGUAAUUUCUUUUAAAUGUAAGGCCCCAAGGUUGAUAUUUCCAAAUCUAAUUAAGGUUUCAACAUUUACAUGUAUUUUAUUUGUGGUUUAAGCUAUAGUAUGUUUAGUUCUUUCAGACUUG